AUGAAUAAAGAGAAAAAUCACAAAAUUAUCAAUAUUGAGAAUGAGAAAAGGGAUAUCUCUACAGACUAUACAGAGCUCAAAAAGAUGAUAAAGAAGGGAAAGCCUCAGAGCAGCAUCAAACCGAGUACAAGCCUCCUCCUGCAGCGAUUGACGGUCCAAGAGGGCCCACGUGCCAACAGCACCCACCCUCUCGACCCACCUCUGUUCUCACAGUCGUCUGCCUCUGGCAGCGUGAGCGGCCAGGAGGGAUCUCCUCGCGCUCUCAACUGCCUUCUAGCCAAGCCAACUGCCAUUAUUCAGGCUGGCAUCCAGGACGUCCAGCCAUGUUGUGCCUUCUCCUUCUGCUCCUUGGGCUCAUCGGACUCCAGACAGACAAUAGUAAAUACAAAAACCCCUUCUCUGACCUUUCGGGAAUAUCAACUCUUUUCCCCGUUUCGCUCUGAAAGGCUGCAUAUCUCAGGGAAAGCGCUCUCUUGUCGGGGCUCCAGCUCUGUAAGCAGGAGCCCGCUCCCGCGUUGCCAUCUUCCCCAACCAAAACCCGCGCUGGAUGCGAGACGGCUUUCCUACUUGAUUUGGGACCAUAGGAAAGAUAGGAGAUGCCACGGCUCGAGUGGAUGCCUCAAGAUUAAAGUUUCAUAUUCUGCAAGACUGAAUGUGCAAAUUACAGUUCCGGAGAAAAUACAGUCAAUAUCAAGUGGAGGAAUUGAAUCCAAUGUGUCCUACAACAUUGUAAUUGAAGGGAAGACAUACACUGUGAACCUAAGGCAUAAAUCUUUUUUACCUAAUAAUUUUAGAGUUUAUGGUUAUGAUCGUACAGGAAGUAUGAAACCUCUUGAAGAACAAAUUCAGAAUUUUUGCUACUACCAAGGGCAUAUUGAAGGUUAUCCAAAUUCUAUGGUGAUUGUUAGCACAUGUACUGGACUCAGGGGUUUACUACAGUUUGAAAAUGUAAGUUAUGGAAUUGAGCCCUUGGAGCCUUCAAUUGGCUUUGAACAUGUGAUUUACCCAGUAAAACAUAAGAAUGCACGUGUUUCUUUGUAUACCGAGGACAGUAUUGAGUCAAGAGAAGUGACCUAUAAAAUACAAAGUAUAGAGCCACUUGCAGACUUCCCUCGAUAUAUAGAAAUGCAUGUUGUAGUUGAAAAAACUUUGUAUAGUCAUCUGGGUUCUGAUACAGCUAUUGUCACUCAAAAAGUUUUCCAGUUGGUUGGACUGACCAAUGCCAUCUUUACUUCAUUUAAUGUUACAAUAAUUCUAUCUUCAUUGGAACUUUGGAUAGAUGAAAACAAAAUUUCAGUAACCGGAGAUGCUAAUGAAUUAUUACACAGAUUUUUAAAAUGGAAAAGAUCCUAUCUUGUUUUGCGUCCGCAUGAUGUGGCACUUUUACUCGUUUACAGAGAAAAGUCAAAUUAUAUUGGUGCAACCUUUCAUGGGAAGAUAUGUGAGAGACAGUAUGGAGGAGCUGUUGCUCUGCACCCCAGAGCCAUAAGUUUGGAAUCACUUGCAGUUAUUAUAGCUCAGCUACUGAGCCUCAGUAUGGGGAUAGCCUAUGAUGAUAUUAACAAAUGCCAGUGCUCAGGAACUGUCUGCAUAAUGAACCCAGAAGCAAUUCAUUUCAGUGGUGUGAAGAACUUUAGCAACUGCAGCAUGGAAGAUUUUGCACGUUUUAUUUCAAAGCCAAAGUCCCAAUGUCUUCAAAAUCAGCCACGUUUAGAUCCAUCAUACAAAGAUGCAGAGUGUGGUAAUCAACAAGUGGAACAAGGAGAACAAUGUGACUGUGGGAGUGAAGAGGAAUGUGCUAGUGAUGCAUGCUGCGAAGCUGGUACAUGUAGACUAUCGGCUGAUUCAGAGUGUGCUGGAGGAGAAUGCUGUGAUGAAUGUAAGUUUAAGGCGAAAGGAGAAGAGUGUAGGGCUACCUUUGAUGAAUGUGAUCUCCCUGAAUAUUGCAAUGGAUCAUCUGCAUCAUGUCAAGAUAACUUUUAUGUUCAGGAUGGGCGCUCAUGUUCAGAGAAUCAAUGGUUUUGUCUGGAAGGAAAAUGUAGGAGUGGGUUAAAACAAUGUGAGGAUACAUUUGGUGAAGGUGCAGAGUUUGGUUCUUCAGAGUGUUUUGCUUACCUUAAUUCUAAGGCUGAUCAAUCUGGGAACUGUGGUUCAGGUCCUGACGGAUACCAACCAUGUCAGCCUAAGGAUCUUCAAUGUGGAAAAUUAAUAUGUAAGUAUCACAAAGAAUUUCUAGUUAGUGUUCCAAAUGCCAGUACUAUUUACACCAAUGUACAGGGAGACAUCUGCAUCGCAUUGGAGUUUCCACACGAUUAUAAAGAGAGCCCAAAGAUGUGGGUAAAAGAUGGAACUACUUGUGGCAAAAAUAAGGUUUGCAGGAAUAAGGAAUGUAUAGAUGCUGCAUACUUGAAUUAUGACUGCACUGAUGAAAAAUGCAACAAUAAGGGUACAUGCAAUAAUAAAAGAAACUGUCACUGUAACCCUACAUUUUUACCACCAAAUUGCACAUCUGUAGAUGGUUCAUGGCCUGGUGGAAGUGUUGACAGUGGCAAUUUUCCACCUGCACAAAAACCUUCCAGAAGCGUUUAUGAAAGGCGCUUUAUUAAGAGUACUUACCAUUCCAAACCUAUGAGAUGGCCAUUUUUCUUACUCAUUCCUUUUUUCAUUGUUCUUUGUGUACUGAUCGCUACACUGGUAAAAGUUUAUUUCCAAAGAAAAAAAUGGAGAACUGAGGAAUAUACAAGCGAUGAGCAACUUGAAAGUGAGAGUGAACCCAAAGAAUAG